AUGUCACGACGAGCUCAUUCCACUUCUCCGCCUAGAAAUGCAAAACGCGCUAAAAUAGAGCAUUUGACAUCCGAUGACUUCAAGAAUGGCAUUUUUCUGGCACCAAUGGUGCGCUCUGGUGCUCUUCCUACCCGUUUAUUUGCGCUGAAGCAUGGUGCUACUUUAGUAUGGGGACCAGAAACCGUGGACAAAGCUAUUCUUCAUGCGACAAGAAACGUUGAUCCUGUCACUGGCGUUAUAACGUACGACGGGAAAUCCAAGGCUAUUUUCUCCACCCACCCAAUCGAAAAGCCCUACUUGAUCUACCAGAUUGGAUCAUCGGACCCUGAAUAUGCUGUCAAGGCAGCCCAGACUGUCAUGAACGAUGUUUCCGGUAUAGACCUCAACUGUGGAUGCCCCAAGCCAUUCUCCACCCACGCCGGAAUGGGAGCCGCUCUCCUCACCAACCCUGAUCUCCUAUGCUCGAUAUUAACGGCACUGCGGACCGUUAUGCCCCCGGAAAUCACAGUCUCCGCCAAAAUCCGCCUAUUGCCUUCUCAAGAAGAGACGCUGAAGUUGGUGGAACGGAUAGUUAACACUGGUGUUUCCGCGCUGACGGUUCAUUGCCGGACGAGGAAUAUGAGGGAUAGGGACGCGGCUCUGAUUGAAAGGCUGAAGGAAAUUGUUAAUUUUGUUGAGGGAUUGGGUAAAGGCAUUGCAGUCAUAGAGAACGGCGAUUGCCUUAGCGCUGAAGAUGCAAAGAGAGUAAGAGAAACUACAGGUGCUCACUCAGUGAUGAUUGCACGAGCCGCAGAAGCUAACCCCACAUGUUUCUCGAAUACUCCAUUAACUGACGUGGAACAGACCUUGGUCCCGGAUUACCUUCGUCUUUCGCGAUACCUUAAUAACCAUUGGAGCCUGACAAAAUUUUGUGUUUCUCAAUUUAAAGGCCACCACGUCAACUACACCAAGAAGCAGGAACAUGCCUUACGGGAAGCCAUUGUCAAAAGCCGUAGCUUCGAUGAGGUCGAGAAUAUCGUUGGGUCCUGGACUGGAGAACAAGUAUUCCAGGACAUUGCAGCUGCUAUCGAGGCGCGUCCAUCAAGACGGGUCGAACACGAGACCGAGAUAGAUGGAGAUGUCACACCGCAAGGCACGCAGAAUCCCGAACCCCCCACAUCGAAGGCUCCAUUCAUGACUGAGUUCAUUCGCACCGCCCUCCCAGCCCUGAUAUCUGGUAGAGAUCCGCUUACACCAACGCCCGGUGUCACAUCGUGA